AUGUUCACAAAAGCAAUUGCCAGUGGUGCGUUUAGUGGUGUUUCAUUGGGCUUUUCAGACAUUCGGAUAUCACACUUACAGUUUUCGGAUGACCUAAUAUUUUUUUCGGAUGACAUCCUCAACUCAUUAAAAGACAUAAAGAGAAUCUUAAGAUUAUUUGAAGUUGUAUCAGGUCUAAAACUCAACAUGACAAAAUCCAAGUUGUAUGGGUUCUGCAUGGAUAAGGGUACAUUGGGAGAGUGGGUUGAUCAAGUGAAGUGUGAUUGGGAUCAUUUUCUGACUACUUAUUUGGGGCUACCGCUAGAACAAAAUAGGAACUCUUCGGAGAUGUGGAAGCCUAUGGUGGAGAAAGAGUGCAGAUCCUGUCUAUCUGCUCCUUGCUCCAGCUUCCGGUUUCCAGUCGUUGUGGGAGUGGUUUCUCAAUCUGAGUUUGGCUCUUGUUUGGGACAGAGUUGCGUUGCUGUUCGGGUAUUGGUUUUCCUGUAUGUUUUCCCUGUUAGUAGCUUAUCGUGGUUUCUCAUGAUUUCUGAUGCAACUGUUGGCGAGAGUUUCCCCAUUGGUGGCUGCUAUUCUUCUGCAUGUUGCUUUGUAUCCUGUAAUCUUUGA